AUGGUACAGGCGAACAACAAAUACUAUGCGCAAAUACCUACGUCAACGGCACCGCUGAACUAUCAGUUUCUGCAGGACAUCGAAUAUGAUAAGAACGUGAAACCAGGCACACUCACGGAUGUAUCCGUUUCGCUGUACAUUAACCGGAUAUCGGGCGUGGACGAGAACAAGGAAGAAAUUUCGUUCGAUGUCUUCCUCCAGAUCACCUGGGAAGACCUGCGAAUACAGCCCAUCAUGGCGAAUAUGGUGGGCGAGUUUGUGGAUCUGACCAAAGCCGACCGGGACAUGAUAUGGGUGCCGGAUCUGUACAUACGGCAGUUGCGCGAAAUGAAAAUGUUGACCCUCUUCGAGGAGAUCUCGAGUCUUCGGUUGUACGAGAACAGCACCAUUAGCUUGAGCAUAGGCGCCACCAUCAUCAUCAAGUGCGACAUGGACUUUGUGCUUUACCCGCUAGACGUGCAGCGAUGUCCGGUCGAUUUUAGUAGUUAUAAGUACCCGGUCAAGGAUCUGCGUUUUCGCUGGCGAACGGACAACGCACUGUCGUUUCCCAAAGAUUUCGGAAACGGGUUUUUUCGGCUUCCGAAGUACGUGGUUUCAUUCUACACGGAGCAGGAAUCGCAAAUAGUCAAUUAUAGCGAUGAUAAUCAUAGUUCAGCACGGCUCGAGAUCACCCUGUCACGGGAAGUGAAAAGCUAUUUGCUUGAGAACUACCUUCCAUCCACGCUGUUCGUUUCGAUUUCCUGGGGUUCGUUCGUCGUCGUGCCAGAAAUUGUGCCCGGACGGAUGGUGCUGCUAGUUACCACGCUCUUAUCGCUGAUCACCAUGUUUGACACCGUGAGGAAUAAUUCGCCGGACGCGCUGGAACUGAAGUGCCUUGAGGUGUGGCUUAUAUCCUGUACAUUGUUCGUGUUUUUCGCGCUUAUGGAGUAUUUCAUCGUGCUAUUUGGCAUCCGGUACGAUAAGCACUGGCGAGUCUCCAAGUCCCAUCACCAUCACAUUUCGUCCAUGCCAACGUGCCAUGGACCAUCCAUGCCAUCAAUUACAUUACAGUCGGCAGUGACGUUGGCACAGAGCACGAUGGACACAUCGAUCAAUUCGGCUUCCUUUCAACGUGAAAAUGGGCUGGAGCCUUCCGCGGCACUCAAAGUGAGCGGCGGUGGCAACAAGAUCCAGCCGCAGGAUCACAGCAAAGCAACGUCCGCUUCCCUUAGCAAUAUUCAGGAUAGUGUACAGAAUGCACAGAAAGUGUCGUCCGUGAUGACGAGAAAAAGGUUUCGCAACGUUGCAGAUGUGGCACUAAUGUAUGCUGGCUCGCAGCGAGGCCGGUUGGACCAGCUAUCGUUGAUCAUUUUUCCCGUCAGCUUCCUAAUAUUUACCAUCUCCUAUUGGACCAUGUAUUUAACAGAAUCGAAAAAAAAUUUCAAAUAA